AACUCAGCCGUCCCUCUCUCUCUCUCUCUCUCUCUCUAUCAUAAUCAAAAAAUUACCAGAUUCAGUUGCUGACGUGUCGCCAACAGAAGCAAAGUCCAUGUUAAAAGCUGUAGACAUAGAAAGAGACAAUCAACAACCCUCCUCUAUUCAUUCUUCUUUACAUUCUCAAUCCAAACAAACGAACAAACCGAUUUUUUUUUUUUUCUUCUAAUUUCCUCUCGAAAUCACAAGCUUUGACGCCAUUUUUUUGUAUUUGAAGCGAAUCUCUUACUUCUUCAACCGCAUUGUGCUCACCAUUUCUAGCUCAACGACCUCAGAUUCGUCCACAAUGGCCCAGUUUUGAAAAAUCUACAAAUGUAGGUAAUUUCGACCCCUCCCAUUUUCCUUAUACGCAGUCAUAGGUUGGAUUUUUAUGGGUUUUUGAAGAUUUAUGUGUGUGAAAUGAAAUCCGAGAGCUCUGAGGCUUUGGAUUGGGCUUUUGAAUACCUAGGGUUUGUGUAAAUCUGGUUUGAGCUCUGUUACAGAGCUGGAUUUUGGUUGGUUUAGCUCUAAAUGUAUGGUACCACUACUGAGGUGUGAGUUUUGCUGGGUUUUCGAUUUUAAGGGUUUUUCUUAGAGGAGGAGUUGAUGAGCUGUGUUAAUUUGGUUUUUUGAGGGUAUAAUAGAAAAAUGAUGAGGUAGACUGAGGGAUUGGGCUGUUCAAGUUCAUGAGCUUGUGUGGAGUGGAGUUUUUGAGUGAUUUGUUUAUGGGGCGGAGUUGUACUUUGGAUUGUUCAAAUGGGUUUUCGGUCUAUAGCUGGGCUUCCCCUGAUUUUGCAACUUGAAUGGCUGAUGCUCAGAGGGUUGGUCUCGCCGAAAGAGACAUUGACCAGGCCAUUACAGCCCUUAAGAAAGGAGCAUAUUUGCUUAAGUAUGGGCGCAGAGGGAAGCCAAAGUUCUGCCCUUUUCGACUUUCUACUGUUCUUUUGGCUACAUUGCAGGAUGAAUCUGCAUUGAUGUGGUACUAUGGCAAAGCAGAAAAACGGCUUGAACUACGUCUUGUUUCAAGGAUAGUUCCUGGACAGCGUACUGCAAUAUUCCAGCGCUAUCCCCGGCCUGACAAGGAAUAUCAGUCUUUCUCUCUCAUAUACAAUGACAGGUCAUUGGAUUUGAUAUGUAAGGAUAAGGAUGAAGCUGAGGUUUGGUUUGUCGGUCUAAAGGCAUUGAUUUCGCGUGGUACUAACUGCAACUUGAGAAGUGAACCAAGAAAUGAGAGUGUAUCAUCAAAUAGUUCACAUGCUCGGAGAACCUAUCCUUCUGUUUCAUCUUUUGAUCAAGGAGAUACUCAACGAGCUGAGAAUCUUCCCCAGAGUAGAUUGGGAAAGGCAUUCUGUGACAUCAUUGCAUAUACUGCAGCAGCAGAAAAUCAGGCUCAACCUGAGCCAGUUACCAAUUCUCCUGGCUCACUAGGCAUAGACAAUUUAAAUUCAAAUAGUCGAAGUUCCGCGGCUGAAACAUUUCGAGUUAGUUUAUCUAGUGUUGUAAGUUCGUCAAGCCAUGGUUCUGGUCAUGAAGAUUUUGAUGCCUUGGGUGAUGUUUUGAUUUGGGGAGAAGGCAUCAGUUAUGGGGUACUGGGAGGUGGUGUGUAUAGAGUUGGUAGUUCGUCUAGUACCAAGUUGGAUGCCCUUUUGCCCAAAGUGUUGGAGUCAACGAUGGUACUUGAUGUUCAUAAUAUUGCUUGUGGUAGUAGGCAUGCUGUGUUAGUCACAAAACAAGGGGAGAUAUUUAGUUGGGGGGAGGAGUCAGGGGGCAGACUUGGGCAUGGAUUCGAAGAGGAUGUUUCACACCCAAAGCUUGUUGAUGCUCUUACCAGAAUGAAUAUUGAGCUAGUAGCAUGCGGGGAAUAUCACACCUGUGCUGUCACAUUUUCUGGGGAUCUUUAUACAUGGGGUGAUGGCAGUCACAACUCUGGUUUGCUUGGGCAUGGAAGUGAAAUUAGUCACUGGGUUCCUAAAAAGGUAAGUGGUGUAAUGGAGGGUAUACAAGUGUCGUAUAUUUCUUGUGGACCUUGGCAUACAGCUCUUGUAACAUCUGCUGGCCAGUUGUUUACAUUUGGAGAUGGAACUUUUGGUGCCUUGGGCCAUGGAGAUCUUACUAGCACAAGUAUUCCGAGGGAAGUGGAAACUUUGAAAGGAUUACGGACAGUGAGGGUUGCUUGUGGAGUAUGGCAUACUGCUGCAGUUGUUGAAGCAAUGACUGGAUCUAGUUCUGGACCUUCUGAUAGCUCUUCAUCUGGAAAUCUGUUCACCUGGGGAGAUGGGGAUAAAUGUCGACUUGGACACGGUGAUAAAGAAUCUCGACUAAUUCCCGAGUGUGUAGCUGCAUUGGUUGAUGUAAGCUUCUGUCAGGUAGCCUGCGGACAUAACCUAACCGUUGCUCUUACGACCUCAGGGCGAGUCUAUACAAUGGGGAGUACAGUUUAUGGACAGUUGGGGAGUCCUUUAGCUGAUGGAAAGAUGCC